AUGCGUGCAUGGUUUGUUCGAGGCUCAAAGCAUGUUGCGUUCUGUGGCCGCUACAGAGACGCGUCCUCGUUUUCGGAGUUUCUGCUUGAAUUUGCGUUUGUUGCUGAAGCAAGUGGUGGGUUUAUAGCGAAGAAAUUGUCACCGACUACAUUGCUGGUGUUUAGCUACCAUGUCUACAUAGUUUUCUUAUUAUUUGCUGCAAUAAGUACUUUUGUGCCAUACCUUCCCCCUACCUCUCUUAAAAUUAUUAUAAUUAGAAAAGUCAUUGACCCUUUUGUUUGUGUAGGGAUCAUUAGGAAAACAAGAACAGUGAUGGAAUGCCUGCACCGCUUCUGCAGGGAAUGCAUUGACAAGUCCAUGCGGCUUGGGAACAAUGAAUGCCCUGCAUGCCGCACACAUUGUGCGAGUCGUCGCUCUUUGAGAGAUGACCCAAAGUAUGAUGCCUUAAUUGCAGCUAUAUAUCCAGAUAUUGACAAGUAUGAGGAAGAGGAAUUAGCUUUUCAUGAAGAAGAGAAGGCUCGCAAUAAGCAGAUCCAAGCUUCCAUUGCCCAGACAUUUCGACGACAAUCCGAAGCACUUGGUAGGAAGCGAACUACAGCAAAAGCCACUGCCGCUGCAUUUAUGAGGAAAUCCCAAGGUAACUACAAAAAUUUGAGGCGGAGAAGGAAUAAUAAAAAUGCUGUUGAAAUUCAAGGAUCUGAUGAUAAUGAGGAGGCAAAUGGUAAUGAUGGAGGGAAAGAUUCAUCUUCUGAUGAGCGCACAGAACCAAGACCAAAAAGACCCAAAAGAUGGACAGGAGCUCGAUAUUAUCAGCGUUCACCAGCAACUGCGAAUGCAGAUGGUGAUUAUGAAAAUGAUUAUGAGGUAAAUAGAGAAGUUAUGGGUUCAUCUGUGGGGUUUGUUGGCAGUCCAGAAAGGCUUGCAUGGGGUAAAGGUGGCUUGCGUAGUCAUACAAGAUAUGGAAGUUCUAGUGGUGCCAAUGGUAAGAAUGCCAGGAGCCGCAUUUCUAAGUUGGUGGAUUAUCUCCGCAACUUGGAAGCUAAUGAUAAAGGGUUGGAUAUCCACCUCCUACUGGUUUCUUUUGAUGAACAAAGAAUACCUAGUUUGCAGAGGCGGUAUCUUUGCUGCAGGCCCACCCUGUCAGUUGGACAACUAUGUCAGUAUGUUGCUGAGCAAACUGCACUGCAACCUGAUGAAGUGGAAAUAUACUUAAUAAAGGAAGUACAAGCCAAAGUUAGCCCAUCAGACCCUACAGAUGCUCUGGUUUCUACUUCUGGUGUUUUAGAUUCAAGCAAUAACACACUUCUUCUGUUAAGAGACGAUGAAUCAUUGGCAGAAGUUCAAGCGCGUCAUCUCACUCGUGGCCAUCUGCUUUUGGCAUAUCAGAAGAAGUGGAACUUAAACCGUGGCUGAAGACAAGUUUCUGGUAGCAAAUCUAUUUUAAUUUUUGACUAGAUAUAUAUAUAGCAAGCAUUAGGCAAUGGAGAGCCAUCAGGUCAGUCUUUGGAGCUCCCCAA